AUGUCCGGCCCCAUGGACGAGUUUGUCCACUGGGACAAGGCCGCCGCCGCCAUUGGUGCCGAAUUCCAGCUCGACACCGAGAACCUCGAUCUGGUUCUCGAAAAUGUCGACGAGGAUGACUUUGGCUUCUCCGCCCUCCAGCAUUACUCUGGCGACGCCAACCUCGAUCUCUUUGCCAUCCCCGGCAUCAUGCCCGACCCCCCCAUCUCCGAGGCCUGGUAUGAGACGCCGCUCGCCGCUUGCGCCCACUGCGUCGCUGGUGCCUUUUCCUGCAAGAAACUCCGCCAAGGUAGCUACAAGGGCUAUUGCACCAGCUGCGUUGCCCUGCGCGUCGAGUGCAGCUUUGCCGGUGAUGCCAAGGUCGCCGCCAUUGACCCGGCGGCUGCCUUCCCCCCCAACCCGUGGCCCGUCAUGGGCCAGCACCCAAACACCAUGCAAUCAAGCUUUACCAACCUCCAUGCCGCAGACGCAGCUACCUCGGCUUCCGAGAUCAACGCCAUCAUUGCCCCGAUUCCCUCUGCGCCCCCAAAGAUUGGCGCUCGCUUCUCUCGCGAGUCUGUCCGCAUCCUCAAGAACUGGCUCUCCACUCACACUAGACAUCCUUAUCCCAGCGAAGAGGAAAAGGAAAUGUUGCAGCGCCAGACUGGUCUGAACAAGGUCCAAAUCACAAACUGGUUGGCCAAUGCUCGCCGCAGAGGAAAAGUCCAACCUCCUCGAUCAGUCUCACCCAAUAUUAGGAACUGGUCCACCCCAGGGUCAAUGGACAUCCCCCAGCGUCGCGGAACACCUGCUCUCGAAGCCAUGAACCCCCUGCAGCGUUGGCAGGUUUCUCCUCCGGAACACGAACCGGCCUCGGUCAGUGCCAUUGCCAGGGCCGUCACCGCCUCGUCUUCUGCCCUCUCUUCUGGGCUCAACUCACCAUACAGCUUUAACUACACCGACGAUGGCUCCAACAGAUCGGUCUGCAAGGAGUCUUCGACAUCCAGUCUGGGAACCUCGCAGUCAAGCAACGGUUCAUUUGGCUCGGCAUACUCUCACGGCUCCAGACAUUCCUGGGGCUCCUUUGGAUCUGCGCCCUUCAACAGCCGAGGGCGUCGCCGCCGUCGUCGCAGGGGUACCGCCAAAAUUGAGGGCACAGCUCAUCCUUCGGCGCCGCUCAAAACCUUCCAAUGUACCUUCUGUACUGAAACGUUCAGAACAAAACACGACUGGCAAAGACAUGAAAAAUCUUUGCACCUGUCUCUCGAGCGCUGGGUAUGCACCCCUGAUGGACCCCGCGUCUUGAACCCGGAAACGGGACAAAUGUCUUGCGUCUUUUGCGGCGUCAACAACCCAGAUGAUGCGCACAUUGACUCCCACAAUCACUCUGCGUGCCAGGAGCGCGCCAUUGAGGAGCGAACAUUCUAUCGAAAAGACCACCUCAACCAGCACCUUCGAUUGGUUCACAAUGUCAAGUUCUUGGACAACGCGAUGAAGCAGUGGAAGAUUGCCACGCCAGAGAUUCGCUCACGUUGUGGCUUCUGCGGCAUCGUAAUGGACUCUUGGACUAUCCGUGUAGAUCAUCUGGCAGAGCAUUUCAAGACUGGUUAUUCCAUGGCUGACUGGAAGGGUGACUGGGGUUUCGAAGUGCCCGUCCUUGACAUGGUUGAAAACUCGAUCCCACCCUAUCUUAUUCAUCAUGAGCGAAAGUCGCCUAUGCCUUAUUUUGCCCUCCAGCCUCCGCCUGCUUCUCCACGCAAUGCGUAUGAGCUCAUCAAGCUGGAACUAGCCAACUUUGGCUCUUCAUACUGGGAACAGCACGGAAAGCCCCCGACCGACGACGAACUCUGCCUGGAAGGAUGCCGCAUCAUUUUCGCUUCUGAAUUGCUCUCCAUUCAAGGCAUCGCCACUCAAGUAUCCUGGCUUCGUGACAUUGUCAUGAACGACGAGGAAAUAUCCCGCAAGGCUAAGUUUGGGCCCCUUCGCCGCGCUGCCGAGCUUCAGAAUCUCAAAAUUAACGGCAAGGACAACCUUUUCGAAGAGUGCCCGAUGGAAAUACAGCUCCACCAGUUUGUCAAGGCUAAGCGGCUACUGGGCCUGAGUGCAAUGGAUGACGAGCUGCAGGAAGAGGCUUGUCGAAUUGUUAGCCGUGUUGAAGAGAUGUGCACGCACCCCUCUGAAGCAGUAGCCAACUGGCUGCUCCGUCUUAUCAAGCGGUCGACCUCUUGGUUGUCUUCCUUUCGGCGCCGCGCACAUCUCCCGCGGACGGAAGAUAUCAAGAGCGAGACCAUCCGCUCCAAGGAUCUCACCUCGAUCGACUCGACAAUUCUCAGCUAUUCGAGACUGGAGCGUGAGCUUAGUGACUACUUGAAGGCCCAGCGCUGCUUGAACAAGGAGCCCUCUGACGAAGAUCUCCAGCGUCAAGCGCGUAUUAUCAUAUACGAGUUCGACGACGGGUGGAACCAGACGGCAGCCGACAACAUGCAGUGGCUAGAUGCUUUCAAAGAACGACACGCCUUAGCGGAAAAGACACCGGGCAGCCCGACCAAGACGUCUCCAGAACAGUCUGACCAAGCUACCGCUGUAGCUUCUUCACCCGGCUCGCAAUGGACCGCACAGAGCAAGAGGCGACCAAGUGUCGCGAGCAAUGGCAAGAAUGCCGAAUUUAUCCCGUUUGGCAAACCUAGCAGCACACCAUCGUUCCUCAACGACGCAAACUGCUACCGGCGUCUUGCUAAAGAACUGAGGCGUUGGGUCGUCUCGGCCAUGUCGCCCAACAAUCCUAACCGCCAUGUUCCGACAGAUGACGAGCUGCGUUACCAAGCACGCUGGAUCAUCUACGACGGCGACGACCCCUGGAACCAGACGGCCGCCGACAAUGCCGAGUGGUUGCAGAGGUUCAAGCGUGACGUCGGCAUCACCAAGGACGGCGGGCCUGGGUUGCCCGAGAGUAACGCCUGGGCUAUGGAGCAGGGCGGAACGGGCUUCGCGCCGCCUUACGCCUGCCCCAAGUCGGACAACAUGGACCCGUUUGCGGAUGCGGUGCACGUCGAGAUGCGCGACGGCGCCAAGGCUUUCAUGGCCGGGCCGACGGCCGCCAACAGCUUCCUCGACGCGCUCGCGGCGCCCAACACGCGGCCGGCCAAGGUGUUUUGCUCGCGCGAGCUCGAGGCCCACCUGCUGCGGUACGCCGAGGGCCACGCCAUCACGCACGGCGGCAUACCCGGCGACGCGGCCCUCCGCGCCGAGGCCCGCCGCAUCCUGCGGACCGACUAUACCGCCGCCGAUGACGACCAGCUGCUCGGUAAGUUCAAGGAGCUGCUGUGGGAGAAAAUGCCGUUCCUGGAGCCGCACAUGAAGGAGCAGACCAGCACCGCGGCGCCUGCGGUAGCGGCGGCGACGGAUGUUGCAGUCGCGCUGCCGACGGCGGCAGACGAGGAUCUGGAUAUGCUGUUGCACAGCAUGGACUUUGAGUUUGAGCUUGACUUCAUGAGUAGUGCUGUUAUUGGUAUGGAUGGGGAGGAUGGUGGCGCGCCACUUUUCUAG